AUGUUAGUUCUUUCCAUUAAUCGGGGCACGCUGGUGAUUAAAUCAAACGCGUCGCAGCUAUAACUACCCUUUAACUGAGUCCUAAACAAUGCGGGACUGAAUAUUAAUUUCACAUCCUCUGUUUACAUUAUACGACGUCAAAAUUCGUACAAAGUAGCCUCCCGCACUUACAAAACUUAAUUCACAAAGUAUGUCUUCAAGAAAGCGUAAAAAGUGGUCCAAGGAUUUAAAGUACGUUUUCUUCCCGGAUAAUAUUGAAUGCGGCGCGAGAAAACCAUCCGCACUUUCGUCAUCUUCCUCAGCCCGGAGCUGGAAGGAAUGCGGAGAGAGUUUUUUGCACUCUCCGGUCGUGAAGGAUGUGAAGACUUCAGGAAGACCACUGUCUUUAUUUAACCAUCACAAUGAGGAUCCGGUGGACAUUGCGUGGAGCUCGUCCAGCGACAGCGGACCGUCAGACAACGAUGAAACCCAACAGCAACGACAUCACCGGCCUCGGGUCACAAGCUCUCACUCUCGCCCCAAAGCGCUUCACACUCUUAGCACUGAUGAUGUUGACCCGGCCAUCAUAGAAACAGACGAGUCAGAGCAGGACGUGGAAAAAGACAGCGGCCAGCAAAUCUCUGACUGCGAGUCGCCAUCCUGUGAUGAAGUUCCUGAAGACCUCCCAGCUGAGCCUACUGAUUUGGAGAUCUCGGGCUUUGCGUCCGAUGGAGAAACUGGCGACGACCCGCUGACCGACGGCGGACUUGAUACCGAGAGUCGUCGAGGCGGCCAAAUGUCUGCCAGUGACUGGGUUCAAUUUGCUCACGCCAUGCUACAGACGCCUAAGAGGCAGUCCAUAGGCCCCAAAGAUUUGGCCCAAAAGAAAACGUUCCAAAGCGGCGGUCUUGCGGAGAGGCUGAAUCGACUCGACUGCAGGCAGAGGUCAGCUGUGAACUUCUGGAGGAACCGCUCCACCUCGGACAACUGGACAGAAACCCAAGCGGACAGGCCCGGCGUGCUGGUGCUGGAGGUGCUGGAGGUUCAGGAGGAGUGCAGCGCACAACUGGUGCGCUGCCAGCACCACCCGCCGCCGCUCGCCCCGGCCGACCCCCGCGUGCUGGUGUUGCUCUGCAGGGAGAGGGCGGCCCAGCUCAACCCGGCGCCGGCGGACAUCAUCCACAUAUACCCACCAUGGCAAAGUCUCUCUGUGGAACGCUUAGGCUGUGACAUUAUUCUCGACGCACGCUUCACCCGGAAAGUCCACCCUGCUUCCAACGCCGCCCGAGCGCCGCCGACAGGCUGGUUUGCCACCAAACGGCUCGUACCGUACCCUCUGUGUCCAACGUUUGCUACGCUGUCCAAGGCAGCCACCGCCUCUGACGGUUCCAGCAGGCAGAGCUCGGCUGUCCCGGCAAGGCAGUGCCAGUCUCUCCUGGAAGCUGUUGAAGCCCUGGACCAGGCUGGUUCUUUGAGCCAGGAUGUGGUGCUGGUGGUGGUGCUGGUCCAGAGGGUCUACUCCAUCCCUGCGCCUGCUGUAUCUAUCGCUAGCAUCAGACAGCACUCCUCCGCUCCUCCUCCUCCCCCAGAGCAAGGCAAACGCAGGCUUUGUGUGCUGGUCCAGGACAGUUUUGGGAUAUUCAGCGUGGUGCAAUUGCACCUACUGGCCCUGGAUGACCUGCACCGAUACUGCCGGGCGUGGCGUGGGCGGACCUGCGCCCUCCGAGGCGUCAAGGUCGUGCAGCGCGUCACCCGAGACAGGGACUCCAGUCUUUUCAGCCUGAUCGACAGUCUGUGGCCCCCACCGAAACUCCCCCUCGAGUGCCAUGGGAACGUGCCAAGCAUGCCCAGUAGCCGUCCUCCCAGCUUCUGCUACAUCCUGUCAGGUCAAGAGAGCUCCAUGGAAGCCACGGAAGAAGGUACUGGCGGCGUGUCCCCGCUUCACCUUCCGCCCGCAAAGCAAACCCUGCGAGAUAUACUGCAAGAUGACCACAAAACAUAUUGCUGCACUUUUAUUGCCACUGUAAUUUACAAGAGAAUACAGACUCGCGAUGUAGGUCAAGGUGAGGUGUGGCUGGUGCUGACAGACCAGAGCUUGCAGGACAGCUCGCCCGACAGGCCCUGCAGGCGAACAGUGGCACUGCAUGUCAAUGCUUCCUGUGCACUCACUUCCUGUGUCCUAAAAGCGCUGAGCGACCCAGCCGGGUGCCGCUUGUCCUUCACAGACGCCAUCAAGGAACAUGGUGUCCUGUUGUGCGUGGAACAUUCCAUCAUCGAAGUCACGGACUCGGUCGCCUCUGGCUUGAUGCGGGAGCCCCAGGCCCAACCUGCGAGACUGGAUCUGCUCGAUGAGGGGGUCACGCCCAACUCGCUGUGUACUCUCUCAGGGGUGAUUGUCGCUGUGGAUGAAAGCGCGUCUUACUCCUGGCCCGUGUGCAGCCUCUGCGGAAGCCACGACUUAGAACCGACAAUACCUCCGCCAAGGAGCUUCCACUGCGUCUCAUGCAAGUCAAGGGUGGACAAGCCAAUUACCAAAGUGCAAAUGGCAGUCUUCCUAAGAUCCGCUUCUGUACAAAAUUGCACUAUAAAAGUUAAGCUGCAGCAAAAUACGAUCAUGUCCCUUCUUGACACGGCCGGGCUGGAGCAUACAGCGGCGAUUUCAGAGUUUGAGGUGUCCAGUGUGCUGGGGAAAGAAGUGGGCCCCCUCACUCUUUACGUCCGCUUGGUCUCCAGGAGACCUUCACUAUGGAUCAGCCUGGAAGAAAUCUGUCUUUGAGGUCCUUUUUUUUUGUGCGCGUGUGUGUAUACCCCCCCCCCCCCCUUUUUGACGGCCUCUUGGUGACUGCACGAGGCGAGCACUCUGCAGCAGGAAGACGUGGUGGUGGUGGUGUGGCAGUUGACAGACCCAGCAUGGACCAAUGGCAUGCCUCCUGUCAAAGCCGCCCACGUGCUGCAUCAAGCCAUUUCACUUGUCCCGCGUUUAUUUAAAUGAAGAAAAAUAAAGUUCUCUUACUGAUGACUCCA